UCUGCGCAUGCGUUAAAACAAAAAUGAUUAUUACGUUACCGGCCUGUUGAGAGUUCACAUAACCUCUACAAGAUAUUUUCUUAAUUUACGUGUACUUAGAAAAAAUGUGGCCCUUAGUAGUGAGAGCUUUUGGUCAGUUUGGUAAAUAUCUUACGCUUCCUUUUGUGGGUAUUAUUGGAUUUGUCGGAUACAAUAUAGGAUGGGUAUCUGAUCGUUAUACACCACCAACAGCAGCAAUCAAGCAACAACGGCAAGAGAGAUUAUUAAGAGAAAAUAUAGAUCCCUCGGUUACCCAAAAGAAACAUAAUCCUUUAGAAGUUAAUCUUUCACCAUCGUUGUCUAGUUAGAUAUCAAAAUGCAUCAAACUUUCACUCCAAAUUUAUAUAUAACAAUGUGAUUGUAUGUUGCACAUGGUCGCAGAAUACUGUUUGGAAAGUUUGCCUGUAAAAAUCAUAAAAUAGUAUGUAAUCAUCAAUCAUAGUUGAUUUUAGUAAAUUACAUUUAUGAAUGGAAUUAGCAUAAAUUGAAAUUCAAUUUUCUGUAUUUUUAUUACGAAUACUGUUAUCUUUUUUAUUUCUGUUCAUAGUUUAUAUCACAAUAUAAUGAGAUUAAUAAUGCGAUAA